AUGUUCUCAUCUACUAAACUUCACAACCUUGAAAUAUCUACUUCGGUUCAUGCCCCGAUUCUUAUGGAGCUGGUUCCUACUGCUGGCUACCAUUUUUCUAAACAGUUUCGGUUUGAGAAUGCGUGGUUAAGGGAGCCUCUUUACUUUCAAGUUAUUAAGGAUAGCUGGGAGCUUUGUGGGAAUGAUGAGGUUAUGAAUAAAGUGAGUUUUUGUGGACAACAGCUGUGUGUUUGGGGAAAGGAGUUCACAGCAAGGAAGAACUUAUUCGAAGCUUAUAUUGAACUGGAGGUAUUUUGGCGCCAAAGAUCGAAGCAGUUAUGGUUGCAAGAAGGGGACAACAAUAGCAAGUUUUUUCAUGCCUCAGCUACUAAUAGAAGAUGGUAUAAUUUUGUUACAAAGCUUAAGGAUCAAUCUGGUGCUGGGGUGGAUUGGAAUAGUGGCCUAGAUCUGCUUAUGAGAAAGGUUACUAGAAGUGUGCAAAGUCGUGUUUCUUUUGAGCAAAAUGCCGAGCUACUGCUGCCAGUUUCAGAGGAGGAAGUUCGCAAAGCGUUGUUUCAAAUGCAUCCAGACAAGUCUUUAGGUCCUGAUGGAAUUACCGUGAAGCAUCCUAUGGAUAUGGGGGACUUGAGACCCAUUGGUUUAUGCAACGUGUUACAUAAGAUUGUGUCCAAAGUGGUGGCUAAUAGACUUAAGAAUGUUAUGCCAACUGUCAUAUCUGACACUCAAAGUGUGUUCUUACAAGGUCGUUUAAUUUCGGAUAAUAUUAUGAUUGCUUAUGAGAUUAUGCAUCAUUUGAAAAGAAAACGAAGAGGGAGGGAUUGCUAUAUGGCUCUCAAACUUGAUGUUAGUAAAGCUUAUGAUAAACUUGAGUGGGGUUAUCUCCGUGCUAAGAUGGAAAGGAUGGGCUUUGAUGGGCGAUGGAUAAACUUGGUUAUGCAAUGUGUUUGUUCAGUCUCGUAUACUAUCUUGCAUGGCUUCUCUAGUUUGCUGCGAAGUUAUGAGCAAAGUUGUUCGCUCACGGGUUGUAAGAUUGCUCGAGGUGCGCCAAUCAUUUCUCAUAUACUUUUUGCGGACGAUAGUUAUAUUUAUUGUAAAGCUACUAAGGAUGAAUCGCAUAAUGUUAAGGAGCUUUUGCACACUUAUGAGGUGGUUUUGGGUCAAAGAAUUAAUUUUACUAAGUCCUCCGUGUUCUUGAGCAACAAUACAAAUUGUGAUCUUCAAGAUGCUAUUUGUGUUUCGUUGGAAAUCUAUGAAGCUCAUGAAAAUGGGUACUAUCUGGGUCUUCCAUGUUCGGUUGGGAGGAACAAGAAUGCUAUCCUUGGGUUUCUUAAGGACAAGCUUCAUAAGAGGAUUCAAGGUUGGGAGGGUCGUAUAUUGUCUUGUGCGGGAAAGGAGGUCUUGUUGAAAUCUAUAGCUCAAGCCUUGCCAAAUUAUGCCAUGAAUGUUUUUCUUUUGCUUUUGGAAACUUGUAAGGAGUUAAGUAGACUUAUGGCUAAGUUUUGGUGA